AUGGAAGCCGACGAUCCGCGCUUAGCGGACGAAUACGUUCACGAAUUUGUUCUCGACCACUUGGACGUGACUUCGGUGAAACGCGAGAUACCGUCGUCCGACUACCAUCAUCACCAACAUCAGCCGCACACGGGCCACCACGGACUCCAUCACCACCAACAGCAGCACAACCCCGCCGGCGAUCGCUUACCAUCAAUGCCAAUCACCGGCGGUGGUGGCGGCGGUGGCGGCGGCGGCGGUGGCGGCGGUAAUGGCCCCGGCGGCAACGGCUCUGCGGCAGCGUCCACGCUGGUCCAGUCGCCGCCUCCGCAUUACCUGCUCACACCGCCGGGAUGCGAACAGGAGUACCAGCAUCCGAAUAGGCAUCACCAUCAUCUUCCCAACCAGCAGGUAGGCGGCGUCGGAAUGGCGAUGAACGGUCACGCGGCGACAUCAGCGGCCGCCGGCGUUCUAAUACCCGGAGGAGGUGGCGCGGUCGCAGUCAAGGUGUCCGAUUCCGGGACGGGUUCGAUGAUAUACUCCAACACUCCUGGGACGCCGCCGGACACGCCGCCGGUAAGCCGUUCGCCGCCGCCCGCUACGCCGUUACGCCAUGCGGGCUUCAUACACGCCGACGACAUGGUUUGGUUAACGCAAUCGUUGCGACAGGAACCGCUGGACCUCUGCAGACCUCUGGUGCAACAGCACCACCAGCAGCAGCUCCAGCAACACUAUCACCACCAUCAGCAUCCACAGCACCACCAUCACCUUCUUAAUCAGCAAGGAUCCGCGGUGGCUGCGGAUUGGAUGGUGCCAGACCAGAAUCACGUGCCCGUUAUACAGCCCAAGAUUUUCCACAACAAACUGCAGGUCCACGACAUAGAAUGCAGGCCGAACUCGCCAUUAGACGUCGGCAACAGCAGAAUGGGCAUCCCUUAUUCGCAGCGGCUGGACAGCGAUUCCAGCCUCAGCAGCGUCGUGUCAAGCUUGACAAGCUCCAAAACUACGUUGUGCCUGUUACCAUCACGCCGUAAUAGCGAUACGUCGGACGACCUGAUCAACGACGAUCUCCUGCUGCAGCUGCCGGUGCGCGAGCUCAACAAGCGGCUCCAGGGCACGUCCAAGGAGGAGGUCGCCCGGCUCAAGCAGAAACGGCGGACGCUCAAGAACCGCGGUUACGCGCAGAGCUGCCGGACCAAACGGAUGAACCAGCGUAUCGAGCUGGAGAACGCCAACCAGUUGCUGAAAGCCGAGAUCCGGAGUCUCAAGUUGGAGCUGCAGCACGUCACGCACGAACGGGACGUGUACAAGCAGAGGUGUUCCGAGCUGUCCGACGCCCGGGAGUCCAUGAACGCGGCGGCGAUGGCGGCUGCCGCGGUCUCGUCCGUCUCGUCCGUCCAGGUCGACAGCAACUCCAAUUCGCCCGAAUCGCGCUACCUGUGA